CGGAGAGGCUUUUUCCGCCUAACAACGAACAUUCGGCGCGCGCGCAAAGCUCGUCCCGUACUUCUCCGCAAACAUAGCAGGUACUUCCCCUGAACAGCAGCACUAUAUCCCAGAUUUCCUUAUAAGAGAGCGAGACGAGCACUGCGUGAGUUCAGUGUUUAUUCCGCGCGCGCAACACACUUAAUCAUGAGUCUCAAAGUGGCCCUUGCAGCUUCCCUGCCCAGUCUCUGGCUGCUCCUCGUCGUCGCCUCCGCAGAACAAGAGUGCGACAGAUCCCAGUGCAAGGGACCGACGAGGUUCUACGAGGAUCUGCGGUGCAAACCGAUUUACGAGAACCCGGCGGAUUGCUGCGCUGUCGCGUACGACUGCUCCCACCUGAAUGGCAGAUCGGCGGAUAAGUGCUACGCCAACGGGCACGAGUACAGCAUCGGCGAGAGGCUGAGGGACGAAGACAUCGUCAACCCGUGCGACAAGAUAGGCUGUUUCUGCAGCCAAGGCCCCAGAGGGCUGGCUCGAUUCUCAUGCCCGCUGGUGAACUGCAUACUCAAGGAGGCCAAACCGGGCUGCUACUUGAGGGGCAAGCUCGGCGUCUGCUGUGGCCAGGAAGAAAUCUGCCCCGAGAAGCCGGAAGACCGACCGAAAUGCCAAGUUGACGGCCAGACCUACUUGGAAGGCGAAGGAUUCAUUCCGAACGAUGAACCCAACUUGGCCUGCCAGUGCUUGGAAGGCUACGAAGGGAAGAACGUGCACCCGUUCUGCAGGGAAACGCCGUGCGGAACCGAGCAGAAGCACUCCUUUGAGAUUCGGGAAAAUUGCGCUCCCGUAUACCGCCUCGAGCAGAGGCCGACUAAGAAUUGCAAUAACUAUUUCAGAUGCCAAAAAGUCAACGACGCUGUCGUGCAUCCCUUGGACGAGGAUAUAAACGAGUCGGAACUGUUGGAGCACGAGUGGUGCAAGUUCGGGAACCUGACGCUUCACGUGGGCGACCAGCUGACUCGCGGAACUAGCUUCCUUGAAGAGUGCGUCGAAUGCAAAUGCGAGGUGCCUCCGACAUUGACCUGCAGGCAGCUUCCGGAAGAGCAAUGCAUGAUUAAGUUUGCACACGGGAUCGCCUAGAGCGAGCUUCGAUUCGACGAGUUCACAAAGCGGAUUGCCGCCCUGCAAGCAGUUCCUUCAUUCCUAUUGUAUCGAAUAAAGAACUCUUUCCAAACAGAA